AUGUUUGGAAUAUUCUUGUGGACUAAGGACAGUAUCUUACUGUUUCUACCUGGAGGUAAUGAUGAUCCAUUGCUACUAGAUACGAAACCCGUUAAGCAAAAGCUUCUUCUGUUUCGUCCAAAACCAUUUGAUCCGUGUGACCCAUUUGACCCUGAAACAUUACAAUUUCAGAAGUUUGAUGCAGGUCCGGCAAUUGGUAAUUUAAUCUGUUACUUUAUUGAAUCUGUGAUUCAUUUGUAUUUAUACGAAAGAAAUGUUUACCCCCGUGCUUCUUUUACUGACUUUGUCGCUUUCGGCCUGCAUCUAAAGACCAGCAAUAAUCCCGAUGUAAAGAAGUACAUUUUCGAUUGUAUUGAAUCCUUACGACCUCAAAUUUCGGAGAUAGAUGAGUUGCGUGUUGUAAUUAAAUCUAUUUCGGCCAGUUCAUUUGAGUCGAAACCCAUUGAAUCACUUGUUUUACAGUUCAAUAAACUAAAUGAAGAGUUUAUCCGACAGGAUAUUUGUUUCUCGUUACUACAAGAAUAUUUCGCUACUAUAUUGAUUCGUUUGAAAAUUCUUGACUCUUUUCUUCAACCCCUAGAGUUUGAGACAACUUGGGAACCAUGGGUACAUUUCUGUUCGUCUUCAUAUCAAAAUGAAAAUCCUACAAUGUCAUGGACUUUAAUACCAAAUAACAAUACAAAUGUUACUAAUUCCGGUUCAGUUUAUCCUAUCAAAUCAUUCCAAACUGAAGAUAUUCAAAUGCAAGUGUUUUUACUUCAGUAUUGA